AUGAACUUCAUGGCGAGCGUCGACAGCGGCGACUCACAAAUCUCUAUCCCAGUCGGCAUCACCAUUGGUCUGCUAGCAUCCUUCGUCCAGUCUCUCGGUCUGACUAUCCAGAGAAAGAGCCAUGUCCUGAAUCAGUCGCUACCUGAAGACGACAGGAAGGUGGAACACCGGAGACCGCUAUGGCUUCUAGGCUUCGGUAUUUUCAUCUCAUCUAAUUUGUUUGGUUCCGUCUUCCAGAUCGCUUCUCUGCCCAUUGUCAUCCUCGCGCCGCUCGGCGCAGUCUCACUCCUGUGGAACGCAUUCUUCGCCCGUCUGCUCCUUGGAGAUGUGUUCUCUCCCUGGAUGUUCAUUGGCACAUUCCUCAUCGCUGGCGGCGCCGUGCUCAUCGCCAUUUUCGGCAUCGUUCCCGAGCCGACACACUCACUCGAAGACCUCCUCGUCCUGUUCAGUCGUCCAGUAUUCGUGGCGUACUUCUCCCUACUGGGUUUUGCUGUAUUUGUGUGUCUUGUCAUUACACAUAUAGUAGAAUAUUCCUAUAGCCGCCGUGUAUCUCUCCAAGAUGUUUCCCCUCCCCUUUCACCACUGCUGGUGGCAACGACCGCGCCGUCCAUUCUCACGACUGCCACGACAGCUAGCGUCGCAGGCGACCACCCAACCGAACGUACCGCGCUUCUUGAUGGGAAGCGCGACUCCCCUCGUUCAAAGUCUUCCUCCCCUUCUACCGCAUCCUCUGUCCACUAUUUCUACUUCCAUGAAAAACUGUCACGCACCCCAGCACUACUUGCGGCAUCAUAUGCCUCCUUCUCAGGCAUCAUCUCGGGCAUGUGUCUCAUCUUUGCCAAGAGCGGCAUUGAGCUACUCUUGUUAACGAUUAGUGGUGACAACCAAUUCUGGAGAUGGCAGGCUUGGGUGCUCAUUCUUAGCUUGGUGUCAUGCGCGUUGCUACAGUUGUGGUACAUGCACAAAGGUUUGGUUUUGGCCGACCCAACAUUAGUCUGCCCACUGGCAUUCUGCUUCUACAAUCUCUCAUCCAUCUUGAACAGCCUGGUAUACUUCGACCAGUUCUCACUUCUCUCCACUACACACAUUCUUCUUGUGAGUCUAGGCAUAUUCGUUUUACUUGCCGGUGUCUUUGUCGUCAGUUUCCCUUCGACUGGAAGUUACGGCGUGGACGUUGGUACGUGGACUGAAGGCGAGCCUGUGGAUGAAGAAGAUUCCAUCGUCGAAGAGCCGGAGGAUUACGAAGGCGAGCCGCUGCCAUUACACCGGCGUUCGCAGACACUUCCCGCCACCAUCGGCGAAGAGAUCACUGACGAAGAAUCGGCGCUCGACCUGCACACCGCGCAGUCGCCGACGCCCUCGUUGCCUACCCGACCCCCACUCACGUCCGGCUCUCCCCUACGGACACGCACACUUCACAUGCGACCCCAAUCUGACACCGUGCUCGCACCGACUUCGCCGCUCCGCUCGCGCUCCUACAGGGCAACCAGCCCUACACCCUCAGGCUCGCGACGCCGGCGCCGCACGACGAUCACGGGCACUGUGCAGAGCCCGCCGCACCCGAGCACGCUCUCGCCGAGCGCGUCUGGGCUGCCCGCGUUCUCCAUCGGGCUGUCGCCAAUGAGCCCCGGGUUCUCACUCGUGCCCAAGGAGCGCCGCAGGCGCGUGCUUGGGCGGGAUAGUAUGGUGCCCUCGGGCGCCGACGAGGGCGCGAACACUCUGGGGCGGAGGGACUCGCUGUUUGGGGCGCCGUGGCUGCGGAGGACGGUGAGCGAGGGGGCUGUGGACCGACCGGUGGCGGCAGGUGCGGACGAGGAGCGCGGUGAGGGGGGUGAAGGAGAGGCGCUGCUGGGACCGGCAUCUCCUCGGGCAAGGGUGCGCUGGAAGUGGUUGCGCGAUGCAUUCACUGGGAGAGGUCUGCGACGUAGCUGA